AUGUGUCCCGUCCAUGAAGCAACUCACACAUUAUAUCUCCUUGGAUCUCUUAGUAAAGGAAAUAAAUGCAUCAUACUUUUCAAAGGGCAUUUUCAUAAUUUUGUGAUCCUAGACAGGGCCUAUAAAUGUGCAACAGAUGCAGCAACUGAAUCAAGUGAAAGGCAAAGAAGAAGGAUAAUGGGAAAGGUGUCUGUGUUUGUGGUGUGUAUGGUUUGUGUUGUGGCUUUGGCCUCAGCUCAGAGUGCUAGCAAUGUGAGAUCUACGUAUCAUCUGUACCAACCUGAGCAGCAUAACUGGGACUUACGCGCAGUGAGUGCAUAUUGCUCCACUUGGGAUGCUGACAAAUCCUUGGCAUGGCGCAGCAAAUAUGGUUGGACAGCUUUCUGUGGACCCUCUGGUCCUCAGGGCCAAGAAUCUUGUGGCAAGUGCUUGAGGGUGACAAACACCAGAACAAAUGCACAGGUGACAGUGAGGAUCGUUGACCAGUGCAGCAACGGGGGCUUGGACUUGGAUAUUGGUCCAUUCCAACAGAUAGACACUGAUGGCAAUGGCUAUGCUCAAGGCCAUCUUAUUGUUAACUACGAAUUUGUGAAUUGCGGUGACUAA